GCUGAUUGAAAUGUUGAUGAUUGACUAUUGGUUGAUGAUGAUUGGAAGAUGAACUUUAAUUGUUACCCUUUAAUUGUUGUCACCUUUCCAGUAAACAGUUUUUCUCUCCAUUAGUCAGUUAAUUAACCUUGUAACCAGUUGAUUGUCAUGAUGGAUCAACCAUCAUCUAGAGUAACCAAUUUUAUCUUUGGUCUUAAUUAUCUAGUUAAUCACUCAGACAAAUUACAGUGUUUGAAAUGGGCUUUUCUCUCACGGAUUCUUUGCCUAAUUGUUUCGAUUGCGGCCAUAAAUAUUAUUCCACCUCAUGAAGCUGAUGCUUUUGUUUUAGAUAAAUUUCUUCACAAUCAGACAACAAUCAAUAAGAUUGUCAAUCAUACGCUUGUUGGUUUCGCCCGUUGGGAUUCAUUACAUUUCAUUCAAAUUGCUAAACGUGGUUACGGUCAUGAAUCUCAAAUAGCCUUUUUCCCGUUUUAUCCUGGUGUUGUUCGUGCUGUUAAAUAUACCCUUUUCCCCUGGACAACUGUCUCUCAUGAUGGUUUACUCAUAAUCUCCGGAGUUUUGGUUAAUCUGAUUCUCUUUAUGAUUUCAUCAAUGCUCAUCCACCAUUUGACUAUUCUAAUUUUCCGUAAUCGUUCAAUGGCAAUGGAAUCAGUUUUCCAUUUCUGUUUUAAUCCUGCUUCCAUUUUUAUGACCUCUUGUUAUUCUGAAAAUUUAUUCCAAUUUUUUACUCUUUCUGGACUUACAUCAAUUGAAUUUGGCCGUUUAUCUUUGGCCUCUGUUUUUUUCGCCUGUGCCAGUCUAACCCGAUCCAAUGGAAUCAUUUCCCUGGGAUUUGUGGCCUAUUGGCACGUUUCCCAUAUUUGUAUCCUCAGUGGUCGCGUCCUCCGUUCAGCCCGAUUAGUUGAACAAUUUGGUAUCUUUCUUAGCCACGCAUUGAUGAUCGUGAUUCCCUUUAUCAUGUUCCAAUCUUAUUCUUACUAUUUCAUCUGUUUUGAGCCCGAUUUACCCGAUCGAAAGGAUUUCUGCGCUUCCAUGAUCAGUAUUCCUUACACAUUUGUCCAAAAGAAAUACUGGUCCAUUGGACUAUUUAAAUACUAUCGAUUGAAACAAAUUCCCAACUUCUUAAUUGCCUCACCAAUGAUCUACAUCUGCUCUUGGAUCGUUUGUAAAUAUCUCCAAUUGAAUGGGAAACAAUUUCUCGAUAUAAUUUUCAAUUUUCGUUCUCGACGACGAGGACCAACCCUUUGGAAUAACGGUCACGUCUUACCUUACAUUGUUCACUUGGCAUUUUUGACCUUUGUCUCUAUUUUCUAUAUGCACGUUCAAGUGAUCACCCGUUUCGUCCUAAGCUCAACACCGAUCGUUUAUUGGGCAAUAUCUUCAUCACCGAACAACAAAAAAUACUAUUUCAAAUUAUAUUUUCUAUCUUACUUUUUCUUAGGUACAAUUUUACAUUCUACUUUUUAUCCAUGGACUUGAAACGAAAAACAAAUAUGAUAGUCUAUUAAUUCAAUUUAUUAUUAUUCUUGUUCAAUUGUUACCCCGUUGAUUGUAAAUAAAGAAUCUUUACCAUUAGAAUAACAGAAAAA